CGUUUUUCUCGAUUUCGGGGGAUUUCGGCACCCAGGGUCUGUCCAGCUGGGAACAUGUGUCGUCCAUUGGCUGGCGCUUCCGGACUUUCUGGGUCCGACACGCUGGCUUUGGGAAGCUCCGGCGAGAUCCGCGUAGCGGGAUCCGGCGAGGCCUUCUCCCGGGGCCGAUGACCCCUGGGGAAGUUGAGCCCCAGCUUUUGCAGAUAGCUCCGGUUAGGAGCAACAUGAGCGGAAGUUGCAUCAGUUCCAGGAGUGAGGAUUCACUUGGUGCGGAUGGGAUGGAUGUGGUGAACGCGGAUGUGGUGGAGCAGGAGGAGAAUGUGGCAAAUGCUCUGCGUCUUCGUGAGACGCGUCUGGCAAGGUUGCUUUCAGAGAUGAUCUUGACAGACGAGCGGUUCCUUCGAGCGGCGCCAGCGCAUCGCGUCAUGAGAUGUGCUGGGGCAUUCGGAGGCUUUUCUGUGAGCUUCGGGCAUAGCCGAGCGGUGAAAGAGAUCAGCAAGUUCAUCUCCCAUAGCUGGCACGCAUCACCAUUGCUGAAGACCCUGACUUUGCACAGGUCUUACAAUUUGACGGCCGCUACAGUGCUGGGUAAUUUGGGCGCACUGGUGGGCGCGCUCCUCUUCUCUUUGGGCCUCCUGCCGGGCUUCGCGAGGGCUCCGCGCUUCGCCACGGAGGCGCCGGUGGUCGCGGGACUUUGGGCCUCGGGCCUCGGCUGUCUGUUCUUCGUGCUGGCGCUGUUGCUUCGAGCUCCGCGAGAGCCGGUGUUUCUGGAUCGACUCUGCAUCAACCAGGAGAACGACGAGGCGAAGGCGGAGGGGGUGAUCAACCUUGGAGCCUGCCUGAAGCACUCCAAAACUUUCAUGGUGAUUUGGGACGCGACCUACUGCCAAAGGCUCUGGUGUUUGUUCGAGCUGGCGGCAUUUCUGAAAACCCACGAGGACGAGUCGGUGAUCAUCGAGCCCAUCUCACUGACAGUUUUCUGCCUGGGCAGCUUCUUCUUCAACGUGCUGAUGUGGUGUGGAAUCGCUGUGCUUUCCUUCGAUCACCCCUUCACCGCUCCCAUCAUGAUUCUUGCGUUGUGCGCUUAUGGCUUCCUCUUGGCCGACCUGCUGGUGCGGUACUCCCAAAGUCUUGACAGUCUCAAGAGUCAGUUGCAAAGCUUCCGAUUUGCGGAGGCGAAGAUCUCCUGCUGCUCCGAUGAUCACAAGACUCCGGAAGGCGCAGACCGGAUGUGCGAUCGAAGCGUCCUGCAGAAAUGCGUGGAGGCGUGGUUUGGUUCGGUGGAGGAAUUUGAGCAGGCGGUUCAAACCCGGGCAAGAGACGCCUUGGGUCGUCAUUUUGGGGGCAGAUUCUGUCCCUAUCAUUUGCUGGUAACCACCAGCUUGCCCUUUCUGUGGGCUCACAUGGACAAUGCUGCGGCGCGCUUUUUGCAAGGGGAGAUGACACUCGGAUGGAGCAACCUGGUGCUGGGCCUAGCCGGAAUUUUCCUGGUCGCUCCCACACUGUCCUGUCUGGUCGUCCUCGCCAUGCGCACCUCCGGGUCCCAUCCGACCCUUCGGAAGCUUGUGGCCAGCGGCAUCUACGCCCUGGGGGCUCUCAGCCUACAAGCCUCCGGGCAGCUCUUCCUCAGCCACCUGGGAGUUUUCGCCGGGUCCCUGGCGUACUGCGGCGCGCUGCUGCUUCCCAGUCUUACAGCCAUCCGGCUGUCCAACCGCUUCUUCUGAGCCAGGCAGUUCUCAAAAAGGAGUUUUACACCUAGGUCCCCCAGUAGUGCCCUUUUUGUUCCCCUUAAAGCC